AUGGGCAAACGAGACUUCAACAGCGGAGAUGGCGCUGCCGCUUUUCGCAAGCGCCAGAAAGUCGUCCACGAGACUCCAACGAGCGAAGAAGUCACCUCGAGCGAUCAAUUGCGCAAUCUGCUGUCCUUCGACCAGGAUUUGCGCAACGCCAGGCAUGGCCUUCAGUCUUUCAAGAAUCUCCUCGAUCAAAUAGUUCACGAAGAGGGUGGCCGAAGAGCAAACCUCGACAUUCUACAUCAAUACCUUGAAGCCGUCAAGCCCAGAGAUGCAUCCGAAGAUGCAGUCUUUCUCAGCGAUAUCAUGGAAAUGUGGUCUUUCGCCGUGCAGGUUAACAACGAUGGUGUCAUAUCUUCUGUUGCCGUUGUUUUGGCUUUGCUACUCCAGAUCCUCUCAGGCUCACUACAGCUUGUCAAGCAUGGCCUCGGUAUCUGCCAGACCCUUCUCCAAGAGCAGCAACUGAAAUCAUUGGCAAAAAAUCUGUCAGCAGAAAAGAGCAAGGGUUUUAUCAUCUCACCUACUCUCCGUCUCCUUCGAGAAGCUACAUGCCUAGAUGGAGGCGCCUAUGCGAAGCGAAUCUUCCGCGCUCGAAAUUUCACAUUGACAUCGUUUGGACGAAAUCUUGAAAUUGGGCAUGUUGGAGAUACGCAGGAAGAUGUGCGCAAGGCUUCUGUCAGAACAAAUGCUGUCCGUUUUUUUCUGAGCCUUCUCAAGUUCCUAGGUUCAGAUGGACGUAAAGAACUUGUAUCGCAAAAGGAACUUUUGUCACAUGUGACUUACAUGAUCAAAAGCGACCCAGCCUACCUCGUUGUGGAUAUUCUCGACUCUCUAAAGCUCUAUGUCCUCAAAGAUGACAAGAUCCCUAGGGAAGUCAAAUUCCGAUGCUUCAACACCAAGUCGUUGGUGCGCUUCUUGGCUCUAUACACAUACAGCAGCGAUGGCGAAGAUGUCGAUGAGAAGUCAACGGUGAGCCAUAAGGCCCACCAACUCCUCAUCUACAUCUGCACGACGCCUACAGCUGGUAUUCUAUAUCCGUCCACUGGUCUAUACCCCAAAGAGUCUGAAGACGACCCAGCGCCAAGUGGGCGUGCGGAGGCUGGUACACAGGGUGCUCUCUUCGCCCAAAGAUACAAACAAGACAUUCCUGUGUAUAACUUUGUCCUUGCCGAAUUCGCUCAAAAGUUGCGUCCUUGGUCCAGUUUGAAACAUAGCGAGCUUUUGGUAGCAAUCUUCACCUCUGCCCCUGAACUUACUGCAAAAUAUUUUCUUAGCAACCGAUCUUUCACGUUCGAACCCAAGUUAUCCAUGACAUGGAUUGGAUAUGCCGCCUUUCUCUUCAACACUAUACAACUUCCUCUCCCUCCUCGCUUCGGAGACCGAUCGCGAUCUGCCAAAGCACCUCCUCCCACGUCCAUCCUUCUAGACAACAUUAUUCCGCUCCCCAUCAAUCAAAAAGUUCUGAUCCGGUGUCUUUCCUCCAAAUCCAACCUCACAUCUUUCUUUGCUACCCGCAUUCUGAUCGUGGCAAUUGAGAAGUUAGCUGAAGCUAUCAAGAUGCAUGAAGAGGUUUCAAAGGGCAGUGAUCCUGUCUGGGCAGAAGCUAGCCGUCGUUUAAUCGAUGCUUUUUGCCAACGUAUUCCGGACAUGAAAGAAAUCGUUCGGUCUUACAAGGGAACACCAGCUGAGAACAUUCUCCAUAAGACCAUGGCCAGUCGUUUGCUACGCCUUUACUAUGAAGUCAUUCCACAAGUUGCCCUUGCUGCCAACUUUGAUGUUUCGCCUUUCUUCACAGAAGUUCUCAAAUCGCUCAACAAGAAAAGCGAGCAGCAUGAAGACGAGUCACUAAGAGUUAUGGAGCUCGAGAACUUGGUAUCAAUUGCCAGUUAUUCCCCUGGUAUGCGUUGGUUCUCAAGGAUAGACAAUCUCAUUGAUGGAGCAGGAUCGUCGCCAUACACCGCCCUCCUGCGGCUUCUUUGUAAUAAGAAGCGAGAUCUUUCUUUCCAGCAGCUCAAGAAGGUCCUAGGCGAGGUCGCAGUUGAGAACCAGAUGGUAACGAAGGCGUCCCUGAUGAGCUCUCUAUUCGAAGCCCUCCAGACAACGCUAGCCGAUGUCAAGGCAAAGCCAAUGGAGAAAGUUUGGUCAUAUGUUGACAACUGCGUCAACCGGUGUGCCUCGUCGCCCAUCAAGUAUCUCGAUUUGUUAGAAACAUAUGCCCAGGAAGAUGGUGUAUCACCUGGUAGUGAGACUGCUUUGGUUGACGUGACCCUGGUAGAGCAGUUGUCAUUCGCAAUGGGCUCUGCUAGCAGCGAUGAAGAAGCUGCGCUUGGCCAAUUCCUAUCUUUCUACUUCUCUACUUCAUACAAGUUCAAGCCAGGAAAACAACUCACCAAAGCUCUACACAAACGCAUCUUAGAACAGUUUUCAUCAAGCAAGGUCAAGAUGAAAAAGCUCGAGGAGGAAAAGUCUGAUGAUGAAGAUGCUGAUGAAGAUAUGCCUGAUGCCGAUACAGUUGAUGCGAAUGGUUCAAAAGAUGGCUCGACCAUUGAUUCUUCAAGGCUCGAGGCUAUGCUGCUUGUACCACUCCCCGAAGACGAGGAUACCACAGCUUUGACAAAAUGGGCUGGCAAAAACGCCGAAGACCUCGUUGAAGACGGCUGGGCAGCAGCUCUGAUUCGCCUCCUCUCCUCUCCCCAUACCAACAUCCGCAAGGAAUCUCUCACCAGCAUUCUCAAGAUGGCUGCCAAGCUCAAGGAUUCUUCAUACGAAGAAAAGGAACAAGUUUGGCUCCUCUUGUGCGAACUUGCCGAGUCAUCGCGUGAUGAAGUUGAAAAGGGCCCAGUCCCCUCUGCCUUCACUGCUUUCGCCAUCCACGCUCUGGAUGUCUUGAAGAAUCCACUCCACCCGCUCUACCCCAAAAUCAACAGCUUCCUCACGCGCAGCCCCGUCUGGUCUGCUGACAAGCUUCCCCUCGUCCACGACAUUCUUCACGGUGAACCCUCAGAAGAUGAUAAGUAUUACACCGAAAUCACAUGGCUUCUGACCUACCUCCUUGACAGCUUGCGCACACCCUCUGACCUUGACAUCUUUCAUCGCAAGCGAUGGUUCGAGAAGAUACUCGCUCUGGACGCUAACCCUCACUUGCGUGUCAAUUUACGCACUCGUUUGCUGCGUCUAUUGUAUCGCGCGACUUGCAUCGAAGGCGGUAGCACCACGUUGACGACUCGCUUCGGCAUCCUCUGCUGGUUAGACUCGCAACGGGCUGCUUUUGAGGGAGGUGAAGAGGCAGAUGUAAUGGUUGCACUCAUGAAAAGGGUAUGGGAGACAUGUGAUCAAGAAAAAGUCAAGGUCUGGAGUAAGGGAGGCGUCGAAAAGUUACUUGCCAGGCAUGAUUUGUAA